GCCCUCGGAUUUGUUCGCUUUUUCCGAGUCAGCUGAUCGUUGACGUCUAACGUUAUUUAUGUGUUCGAGGUAAAGUAAUCAACAUCGAGGCCACGACACCGAAUUUACUGGUUGAGAUAAAAGCUCAGGAAAUAGGAAACGGAAAGUUAUUUACAAGCAGAAGGGAAAUCAAAGCUGUGGAAAGGAAAUAACAGUAACCAUGGCGCCAACAUUGUACGACGAGAAGCCGGAGCCAGGGGAUCUGAUAGAGAUAUUCAGAGGGAACUACCAGCACUGGACUUUGUACAUUGGUGACGGUUUUGUCAUUCACCUGGCCCCACCCUCCGAGGUGCCUGGAGCCAGCUCCAACAGCAUGAUGUCUGUGCUCAGUGACAAGGCUAAGGUGAAGAAGGAAGAGAUAUGGGACGUGGUGGGGCAUGAUCAGUGGUGCAUCAACAACCAGCUGGAUCAGCAAUACAAGGUCAGACCCAUCCGUGAGAUACUGAGAAACGCCCAGGCCUAUGUUGACCAGGAGCUGCCCUUCUGUAUCUUCAAGGGGAACUGUGAGCACUUUGUCACAGAGCUGAGAUAUGGGAAGGCUGAGUCUCGACAGGUUCAGCAGGCUGUGGAAACGGUGGGAAUGGCUGCGAUGGUGGGCUUCGGAGUCCUUGCUGUUGCAGGUGUCGCGGCGGCCAUCUUUGGAGGCGGAAGCAAAAAGAAGAAUAAAGAAGGAGAAUAUAAGUGAGCACCUGUAUGAUAGCUUCCUGAGCAGCCAAUCACCAAUAAGCCUAAUAGAGAUUCAUUAUUCAACUACAGUACUACUGCCCUCGUCACUUGAAUAAUUCUGGGGUUUUCAGAAGGGAGGAUUGAGUAUUUCCAUACAUAUUUUUUAAAACUUUUAGAGUUACACAGACAGGAAUU